CUACAGUAUGAUUUGAUAAUUAUGUUGAAUUGUGUGUUGUCAUGGUCUCUUAGAUUGUCUGAAAAUCACAUCUGUUGAUCUUAAGACGACAUGUAAAAAAGCUACAUAUGACAAUGAUACAUGCAAAGACAAUGAAGGAAGCAAAUACAUUCUGCGUUCAGACGGUGAUAAAUGGACAUGUGUGACCUGCAAUAAGACACCUACUUAUUGUAGUCAAGCGAACAUAACUGCCUGUGUCAGACAACCCGAGACAACUUACAAUCUGAAUUCAGAUGGUCUAAAAAACAAGGAUGGAUCUAUUAAUCCCUCAAAUGCAUCUGUUGCCUUGGACAAUCUAAAGUCCCUGGGGGAGCAGAUGAAAAAAGACAAUAAAAGCAGUGCGGCGAUUGUGAUGGGGGAUGUUUAUGGUAUUCUCCAAAUGCAAGCUGAGAACACAGAAACUGAAGACGCAUGCUACUCUGCAGAUCAGAAAACGAUGAAUAUUCUUGACUGUCAAAGUGACCUGGACAUGGACUUCCCCUGGUCUGUAACGAUUUCCAGCGAGGCCUUUGAUAAAUCACGACUGGAAUUUAAUGGAAGUGCAUUUGUUGGAAUUUUAAGGUUCAAAAACAUGGGAAAUAAGAAUGAAACUAAAAAUUACACUGUUUUGAACAAUGAGGUUUAUGGAAUAACGAUGGGCACCAAUAUCUCCGACCUUACAGACAAUAUAGAAAUGUUCUUUACACAGAAAGAUCUGGUCGGUGAGCCGUCCUGCAGUUCUUGGGAUGGCAAAGGAAAUCUUACAUGGACGACGUCCGGCUGUGAUACAGAAAAAAUCGACAACAACACCAUAAAGUGCUCGUGUUCACAUCUGACGUUCUUUGCAGUGCUGAUGUCUCCUCCAGAUGUAGAUCCAAACAUCACAGCUUCGUAUGUGGAAUCAUUGAGCUUUAUCACUUCUAUCGGCUGUGGCAUCUCCAUGUUUUUUCUGUCCGUCGCUCUGUUCAUGCAUUUCCUAUUACGGAAAGCCAAAUCAAAUCAAGCCACGAAGAUCUUGAUAAACAUGUUUGUGGCUUUGUUUCUCCUGAAUUUAUCCUUUUUGUCAAACGAGAGCGUCGCCAACACAGAAGACAAGGCUGCGUGCGUCUUCAUAGCGCUGCUCAUGCAUUACUCAAUGCUGGCUACAUUCACCUGGUUCUUCAUUCAAGCUCUUCAUAUGUACUUAUGGCUCAUCAGACAGAACGUCACCAUCACAAACUACAUGAGGAAGAUCAUUGUGUUCGGCUGGACGUUUCCGGCUCCGAUAGUCAUAGCUGUUGUUUCAAUAGGAGGAUAUAAAACACGGAUCAUAAACCCAACGUCCGGAAAAACCACACAAAUGUGCUGGAUUACAGAUCCGUUAAUUCACUACAUAGUGAACAUUGGCUACUACGCUUUAGUCUUCAUCUUCACGACAGGAAUCUUCAUCAUGAUCGUCACCAAGAUUGUCCAAGCCCGACACAUAGGAGCGCCUGUCGGCAAGAGAAAGACGUUCAGAAAGCAGCUCAUGAUGGUGUUGAGCUUGUUCCUGCUCUUCGGCCUGACGUGGGCUGUGGCGUUCUUCAGUUAUGGACCGAUGCUCAUCCCCUCAUAUUACAUCUUCACCGUGUUGAACUCGUUUCAGGGGUUUUUCCUCUUCCUGUAUUACUACCACAUUCACAAAGACAUUGAAGGUAAUUUCUCUGAUGAUCCAGGAAGCUCCGGCUCCACCACAACCAUCGUUCAAUCCAGAGAUAAUGCAGUGGAAAAUGUUUAUAAUGAGCAUAAUUAAGA